AUGCUGUCCCUCAACACCCUCAAGAUCGGAGCUUUCCUCGGUCUUGCUGCAAUUGCCCCCACAAUUGCGGCAUCCGAGAGCUCCUCGUGCCGUUGCCUCCCCGGAGAUGACUGCUGGCCUUCCGUUUCGACCUGGAAAGCCUUCAACCAGUCAGUUGAUGGACGUCUUGUUGCCACCGUCCCUCUCGCAACACCCUGCCAUGUCCCCUCAUACGAUGAGAAGAAGUGUGCGGCCUUGAAGGAAGGAUGGCUUCUGCCUGAGGAGCACUAUCAAUCCUCUUCGUCUUUCAUGGCUCCUUUCUUCACCAAUGGAACAUGUGACCCAUACCACCCCGUCUCCAAGCCAUGCACCCUUGGAAAUUUCGUCAAAUAUGCUGUCAAUGUCUCCUCGCCCGUCCAUGUGGCCAAGACCUUGAGGUUCGCCGCCAAGCACAACAUUCGCUUUAUCAUCCGCAACACCGGUCAUGACUACAACGGAAAGUCCACUGGCGCUGGUGCUCUUUCAGUCUGGACACACCACCUCAAGGGCAUUGAGUUCAAGAACUGGAAGGACGAGCAUUAUACCGGAAAGGUUGCUAAGCUCGGUGCCGGUGUUCAGGGAAUCGAGGCCUAUGAGGCAGCCCGCAAGCUCGGCCUGCGCAUGGUCGGCGGAGAGUGCCCCACUGUCGGCAUCGCAGGCGGAUACAGUCAAGGAGGAGGUCACUCGUCUCUGGCCUCAAAGCACGGACUUGGUGCGGACCAGGUCCUGGAAUGGGAGGUUAUCGACGGUACUGGUCAAUUCCUCACCGCAAACCGCACUCAUAAUAGUGACAUUUACUGGGCUCUGACCGGUGGCGGUGGCGGUACCUACGGUGUUGUCUGGUCCAUGACCUCUAAGGCUCAUCAGGAUAGCCAUGUGUCUGGCUUGAACCUCACUUUCACCACCGACGGUAUCUCCGACGAAACCUUUUACAAGGCCAUUGAACUUUACAACACCCACCUGCCUUCCUACGUGGACCGUGGGAUUAUGAGUCUGAACUUCCUUACCAACGCUUCUUUCUCUCUUUCCCCCAUGACCGCUCCCGGACUUUCUCUGAAGGAGCUUAAGGAGCUUACCCUGCCUUUCCGCGACGGACUCAAGAAGCUUGGCAUCAAGUAUGAGAUGCAAGCCGAGGAAUUCAGUAACUAUCUUGAUCAAUUCAACGCCCAGACCCCGCUUGUUGAAAUUGGAGUCGCUCAGUAUGGUAGCUGGCUUCUUCCCCGCUCGAUUGUUGAAAGUCCCAAGUCCAGACACGAACUGACCAAGGCGGCUCGCAAUGUGCUUUCUUACGGCGCCACUUUCACUACUGUCGGUGUCAAGGUCACCGAGGAGGUCACUGGUGACGUUUACAAUGCUGUGAACCCGGCCUGGCGUGGCGCAAUUGCCCACGUUCUCAUGUCUACCCCAUGGGAGUUCAACAAGCCAGAGAAGAUGCGCGAGAAGCGGAAGUUGAUGACCGAUGUCUUGGUUCCCAGCUUGAGCAAUCUGUCUCCUGAGUCAGGAGCCUAUCUCAAUGAGGCCGACUUCGAUCAGCCCAACUUCCAGAAGGCAUUCUAUGGCAAGAACUAUGACAAGCUGCGCGCCAUCAAGGCCAAGUAUGACCCUCACCACCUCUUCUACGGCUUGACUGCCGUUGGCUCUGAUGAGUGGACUGUCUCGGAAGAUGGACGUAUGUGCCGGGCCACUCCCAGCAACUAA